GGAUUCAGAGUAAUGAUGACGGCAGGUAGCAACGUCGACGGCGAAAACAACGGCGCUUCUUACCAGUCACCGACGGAGGAAACGCUGACACCAAUCUCUUCCUCAUCCACAACUGCAGACAAUUCAAUUGACGCGCCGUCUCUGCCCACUCUUCCAUUCGAUCUAGUUACAGAGAUCCUAUGUUGGAUCCCUGUAAAAUUCCUCCUCCAAUUUUGUUGCGUCUGCAAGUCAUGGAAUUAUCUCAUCUCUCAAGAUUCCAAAUUUCAAAAGAAACAGUUGAGUCACGGCCGCCUCCACCUCAUCCUAACUCCUCCGCCCUCGCCCUACAACUUGUUUGGUAACAUCCGUCUAUCUGAUUUUUUGAUGUCUUCUAUUUUCAACAACAACCUGUCCACUAUUACUGCUACGCAGAUAAAGUACGCUCUGCCUCCUCCAUUAGGAACCAGACUUGAGGGACGACGCAGUUUUGGGGGAGUUACCUCCCUUGACGGCAUCUUCUGUUUUGCAAUUGAUGAAUUGUCAGCUCUUUUAUUUAACCCUUCCAUUAGAAAGUUUAAGUUAUUGCCUCCUUUGGAAAAUCCACAACAAAAUCACUAUGUACACACCAAGUAUACCUUACUGUAUCAUCGUUUCACCAAUAAUUAUAAGAUUGUCGCUGUUUCCUCUCGUCGGAAUCGACCAAUUGACGUUCAUAGUCAUGCUUUUGGUACUAAUUAUUGGACAAGGAUCCAAAACAUCCCGUUUAAAUGCCGCUUUCAUGGAAUGGGAAUAUCUGUGGGUGACACCGUUAAUUGGUUGGUAUAUGAUGUCGGUAAUCGUUUAUGGGUCAUUCUUUCGCUUGAUUUGGAAGACGAUUCCUAUCAAAAGUUUUUGCAUCCUUUCUCUAACGAGCCAUACAACUUUAACAAGGUCGUAGUCUCCCAAGAGUUGAAGGGUUGCUUUUGCAUAGUCUCUCAACGUCCCAACUUUUCUGAUGUUUGGAUUAUGAAGGAACAUGGAAAUGAGCAGUCUUGGACUAAAUUGUUUAGUGUUCCUUACAUGACAGAUCGUUGGUUUUAUGCAUAUAGCAAAGCAGUAUAUGUUUCAGAAGAUGACAAAGUGCUGAUGGAGUUCAAGAAGAAGUUGGGCAAAUUUAGUUUGGUUAUCUAUGAUUUUAGAAAUGGUGACACCCGUCCUAUUCCAUUCCCAACAUUUGUCAAGGUUAUUAUUAUCCCUAUAGUAGGAUUAACCGGAGCACAAAAGGCAGCGAAGGAGGUUGUGUUGCAUUGAGGUGUUGAUAUUUUCAGCAGUGUUGUUUUUGGAAUGCCAUAUUUUAAUGAAUUGUUGAAAUAUAAAAAAGGACAUGUUAUUUAGAUUUUAGACCACCUGUAUAGCAAUUUGGCUGGAUUUUGGAAUUGGAAUGUCAUAGUGGGUGUGUUGAACGAAGGGGAUGAGCAGGAAGUUCACAAACUUACGGCAAUUGAUGUGGAAGAGGAGGAUAGGCUCGAAUGGAAAUUCAACAACAAAUGCAUCUACACCGUUUUAGCCAAAAUUGCAAGUUUGUGAAAUUUAGGGAUGUUGAUCAACAUACCGGGAAGGUGAUCAACAAAUGCAUCUACAAAUGCAACAACAGGUUUAUGUGAAGGUGAUUUCGGUUUCUGGUUCGAAGUUGAGUCUUUCCAUGAGGGAUGUUGAUCAACAUACCGGGAAGGAUCUUCUUCCGUUGAAGAAGAGAUCGGAGGAGGAGACUUUUCGGACUAAUCCACAAGAUUCAAAAGAUGGUCCGGUGGCUAGGACAGGGCUUUCUGGGAUCAGGAUUGUUGAAGAGGAUGAUGUUGGUUCUUCGCGCAGGCCGUUGAAGAGAAUGAGCUCUCCUGAGAUAUGGGAAGCGAAACAGUUGAUUGCUUCGGGGGUUUUGAGUGUUUCGGAGUAUCCGUCUUAUGAUGAUGAGGCAGAUGGAGUGAUGUACCAAGAAGAAGGUGCUGAGGAAGAGCUUGAGAUUGAGAUGAAUGACGAUGAACCUGCCUUCUUGCAAGGGCAGACCAAAUCGUCAAUAGAUAUGUCUCCUGUUAAGAUAUUUAAGAAUCCAGAAGGUUCUCUGGGUCGUGCUGCUGCACUUCAGUCUGCGCUUAUAAAGGAACGAAGGGAAGUAAGAGAACAGCAACAACGAACGAUGAUUGAUUCAAUUCCAAAGGAUCUCAAUCGUCCUUGGGAAGACCCUAUGCCAGAGUCAGGUGAAAGGCAUCUUGCUCAGGAGUUGAAGGGUGUUGGCUUAUCGGCCUAUGAUAUGCCAGAAUGGAAGAAGGAUGCCUAUGGGAAAACCAUUACUUUUGGGCAAAGGUCAAAGCUGUCUAUUCAGGAACAGAGGGAGAGUUUGCCAAUUUACAAGUUAAAAAAAGAAUUGAUUCAGGCUGUCCAUGAUAAUCAGGUAUUGGUUGUCAUUGGUGAAACCGGUUCGGGAAAGACUACUCAGGUCACACAAUAUCUUGCUGAAGCAGGUUACACCACAAGAGGUAAAAUUGGAUGUACUCAACCCCGUAGGGUGGCUGCAAUGUCAGUUGCAAAGAGAGUUGCAGAAGAGUUUGGAUGUAGAUUAGGGGAGGAAGUAGGUUAUGCCAUUCGGUUUGAGGAUUGCACUGGACCUGAUACCGUAAUCAAGUACAUGACCGAUGGUAUGCUUCUUAGGGAAAUAUUGGUUGAUGAGAACCUGUCACAGUAUUUUGUUAUCAUGCUUGAUGAAGCCCAUGAGAGAACUAUUUAUACGGAUGUUCUCUUCGGACUGCUGAAGCAGCUGGUGAAGCGUAGACCUGAGUUGCGAUUGAUUGUCACAUCUGCUACUCUUGAUGCUGAAAAUUUUUCAGGAUACUUCUUUAACUGUAACAUCUUCACAAUUCCUGGCAGAACUUUUCCGGUGGAGGUACUUUAUACUAAACAGCCAGAAAGUGAUUACUUGGAUGCAUCUUUGAUCACUGUCCUACAGAUCCAUUUAACAGAACCUGAAGGAGACAUUCUUCUCUUCUUAACUGGUCAGGAGGAGAUUGAUUUUGCUUGCCAGUCUCUCUAUGAGAGAAUGAAGGGAUUAGGUAAGAAUGUCCCAGAGCUGAUCAUUUUACCUGUUUAUAGUGCCCUUCCUAGUGAAAUGCAAUCUAGGAUAUUCGAUCCUGCUCCUCCUGGGAAAAGGAAAGUGGUUGUGGCUACAAACAUUGCUGAGGCUUCUUUGACUAUUGAUGGGAUAUUUUAUGUCAUUGAUCCGGGGUUUGCUAAGCAAAAUGUUUAUAACCCGAAACUAGGUCUUGAUUCCUUGGUGAUAACUCCAAUAUCACAAGCGUCUGCUAAACAAAGAGCUGGACGUGCAGGGCGUACUGGACCUGGAAAAUGUUACCGUCUUUAUACCGAGAGUGCAUAUAGGAAUGAGAUGUCUCCUACUUCAAUUCCAGAGAUUCAAAGGAUAAAUCUGGGCACAACUACUCUUAGCAUGAAAGCUAUGGGUAUAAAUGAUCUUCUAUCAUUUGAUUUUAUGGAUCCACCUUCACCCCAAGCACUUAUUUCCGCCAUGGAGCAGCUCUACAGUCUUGGAGCAUUGGAUGAAGAGGGUCUUCUAACCAAAUUGGGUAGGAAAAUGGCUGAAUUUCCUUUGGAUCCGCCACUGUCCAAGAUGCUGCUUGCCAGUGUAGACCUUGGAUGCAGUGAUGAGAUUUUGACCAUAAUUGCCAUGAUCCAGACUGGCAAUAUUUUUUACAGGCCCAGGGAAAAACAAGCUCAAGCAGAUCAGAAAAAGGCAAGGUUUUUCCAGGCAGAGGGUGACCAUCUUACACUACUUGCUGUUUAUGAAUCCUGGAAAAGUAAAAACUUUUCUGGACCUUGGUGUUUUGAGAACUUUGUUCAAUCUCGAUCCUUGAGAAGAGCCCAGGAUGUAAGGAAACAACUUCUCACCAUCAUGGAUAAGUACAAAUUGGAUGUUGUGAGUGCUUGAAAAAAUUUCACAAAGACCAGGAAGGCUAUCACUGCUGGGUUCUUUUUUCAUGCAGCUAGAAAGGACCCCCAGGAAGGUUACAGAACCCUUGUUGAGAAUCAGCCUGUAUAUAUCCAUCCAAGUUCAGCUUUGUUCCAGAGGCAGCCAGACUGGGUAAUAUACCACGAGCUUGUAAUGACAACUAAGGAAUAUAUGCGUGAGGUCACAGUCAUAGACCCAAAAUGGCUUGUUGAAUUGGCUCCACAAUUCUUCAAAGUGGCAGAUCCUACAAAGAUGAGCAAACGAAAGCGUCAAGAGCGUAUUGAACCACUUUAUGAUAGAUACCACGAGCCAAAUUCAUGGCGUUUGAGUAAACGCCGUGCAUGAUAUGCUCUCUCAAUUUCCCUUAAUGCAAGGUUCUGGAUACAUUUUAUGUUGUACAUAGUUUUAAAUGUAAGUUUUCUCCUUAUAUUAUUAGUCAAAUGGAAUUUUGGAUAUA